AUGCUUGAAACUCAACCAUCAGUCGAAAAACUGUCGAGAAGGCCCGAAAACAGCUUGCAGAUAUUGCAACAAUUGCACUACGCUAUCAUAUGCGCAAAAGCAACGGACAACACCGGGAAAAGAGUGGUCAAACAUUCAGCCAUCAAUCUGGGAACCGACACAACGGAGGAUCCGAUCUACCUAUGGACAGCACACGCAAUCGAAUUGCGUUGCCUGUCUCAGUCCAAAUUCCCUGUCAUCGGAAACACCUUCAAUCUACACCCGGUCGCGGACCAUACCCAAGGCGAAACAUCAGACUUCGUAGACAUACUGAUCGGAUCCGAACACAUGGCUAAAAUCGGUAUGGAAGAGACGAAGAUCUUCGACAAUGUCUUCGCAUUCAAAUAUAUCUUCGGCUGGGUCUUCGGAGGUACCCACAACGAGAAACCCACGCAUCAUAACCUACCAAGGUUCUGCGGAUUCGAACUCAUACAACCAGGAGUCGUAUCGCCGGAAAAGAGAUCUUCGGGAAAUGCAACAGAAGAGAGCUCAAACAUUUGCCCGGCAAAACAAAGGUGUCAGGACACCCAUGAGGACAUUCAAUUCCUCUGGCAAACCGAGGAAUGCGGAUUGGAGGCAGACGAUGCAGAGGAAAAGAAAGCAGAAGAAGACGAGCUGAACAAAGCUCUAGAAAAACACUUCAGAAAGACAACGGAACGAGACCCCUCAGGCAGAUACGUCCUUCGCCUACCGUUCAAAGAGAACAUUCAUUCUCUCGGAGAUAACGAAGGAUUAGCAAGAUGCCGCCUCCAAUCAUUCAUCAAGAAACUGCAGUCCGACCCAGCGAAACUCAGAGCGGUGGACGAGGGAAUGCUAGGAUUCCUGAGAUCAGACUUCGCUGAACCGGCACGGCCGAGAACCGAAUUCCAGCUCGCUCAUUUCCUGCCCAUCCAAGCCGUAUUCAAACCCAAUCCGGACACACCACUAGGCCUCAAAACCAGGGUUGUCAAGGAUGCAAGUGCGAGACAGUCAAAUCUUGCAGGGUUGAACGACGUGCUGCAUCAAGGGCCGAACCUCCUUCCGGAUAUAAUCAAAGUUAUAUUCAACUUCAGGAAGUAUCGAUUCGCCCUGACAGCGGACAUUGAAAAGGCAUUCCAGCAAUUCAAGAUCGCGGAAGAUGACCGUACCUUCCUACGAUUUCUAUGGCCCUCGGGGAUAAGCUCAAACCCCGAAGCAGGAAUCCAGGACUACUGGGCGAAAAGGCUGGACUUCGGUCUGGUCUGCUCGCCAUACCUCCAUUGCCAAGGCCUGAGAUGUCACCUGGAAAGCUGCCAACAGAAAUACCCAAGAGACGCGAAGUUCAUCCAGGAAAUCAUGGAAUAUUUCUAUAUGGACGAUGUAACCCUUGGAGGUGAAACAAUCCAGGAAGCGAAAUACAGGAUAAAGAGGACGUUCGAGAUAUUCGAAGAAGGACAUUUCCCCCUCAAGAAAUGGUCUUCGAAUUCCCAACAACUCGGUGAAUUCAUAAAAAGAUAUUCACCGGUCCCGGACCCAAUCGUAACGACGGAUGGAACGAAUGCCAAAUUCCUAGGUAUUCCAUGGAAUCAAAUCACGGACAAAUUAUCCGUUCCAACAACCGAAGCCCUGGCAACACUCACCGCCGGCGAACCAACAAAAAGAAAACUCUUGAAAGGUUCGGCCAUGAUAUUCGAUCCCAUCGGCAUAAUCGCUCCUCUGCUCAUCAACGCGAAAGUCCUACUCCAAUCAACCUGGAAAAAUAAGCUCGGCUGGGACUCUACAUUAAGAGGCGAACAGGCGGAACGAUAUGAAAAUUUCAUCAGAUUAUUAGAGGGAGCAAACCAACUAUCAAUCCCUCGACACAUGUUCAGACCGUCCACCGAUGCCACAAUACGCUCUCUCCACAUAUUCUGCGACGCAUCUCUCUCAGCAAUGAGACGGAUACAAAGUCUAGUGAAUCAUGCCCACUUCAACUACGUUAGGAGCCUAGAGAAUCCCGCCGACAUAAUAUCACGGGGAUACGACAUAGCAGACCUCAAAGCGCGGGAGCUAUGGUUCUCAGGACCUACGUGGUUGACGCUACAAGAUCAUGAGCUCCAGCACAAAAUACGGAGCGAAAACGCAUCACUGUCUCCGAAAAACAAUGGCACAGACGACGAAUGCCGACCGAACAUCGCGGUGUGCAUGUCGCUGAAAUCGGACCACUCCGAGAAGAAUCCAAUGAUAUUUUUCGAGAACUCUUCUUCGACUUGGCCACGAGCAAUCCGUUUUUGGAGCCUCAUGCUCAGACUCAAAGAAAAAGCAAGGCCGGCUAGAGAACGGGUAAAAAGAAAAAAUACGGCAAUACCCCAGAAGAAAAAAUUCAAUGAGAUAGACCCUGAAGAAAUGAUCACAGCGAGAAUCAGUCUCAUUAAAUCAAUCCAGGCGACAUACUUCAAGGAAGAAUUGCGCACGCGGUGCAAAAACCUGAAAAAGUCGAGCGUCCUUUACAAAUAUUCUCCUAGAAUAAAUAAUCAGGAUCUGACUACGAGCAAAACAAGACUCGUCGCGGCGACCGACCUCACUUCAGAACAGGUCGAACCAAUCAUCCUCCCAUACAACUGCGAACUAUCGUUCCUCAUACUCAGGGAUAUUCACGAAAACGAUUGUCUACAUACGGGAGGAGUGAAUGCUAUCUUGCACAGCCUCCGGAAAAACUUCCUCAUGAUACACGCUCGGCGAGCAGCCAGAAGAACAAUACAGAAUUGCCAAGUAUGCAAAAUCUUCCUCGGCAAGGCCGCACAAUUACCGACAGCGGACCUACCGAGAUUUCGCAUAGAAAGAUCACCUCCGUUCUUCCACACAGGCUGUGACUUCUGCGGGCCGGUGAGAUACAGGAAAGAAUCCGGAGAGAUGGCAAAGGGAUACAUAUUACUGCUAACUUGCGCGGUUACGAGAGCAGUCUGUCUUCAACUGACCACCAAUCUCUCAACCGCAGAAGUACUCGGAGCCCUCCAAAAGUUCGUCAACAGAUACCCCAACGUCAAACACAUAAUCAGCGACAACGGUGCAUCGUUUGUGCGAGCAGCCAAGAAGCUUAAACUCCAAUGCGAACACAUAAAGGACGGAGAGGUCAAGAGAUGGUUGGGAGAAUCAUUCAUCGAGUGGACAUUCACACCACCAGCGAGCCCUUGGUUCGGGGGUUUCUUCGAGAGACAAGUACAGACGGUGAAAAGACCUCUCAGAAAGAUCCUCGGGACGAACAUCCCUCAUUUCCGAGACCUGGAAGUAAUACUCUCGGGGAUAGAAGCUAUGGUCAAUCGCAGACCGAUUACCACGGUUGCCACGGGCACAGACUCAGAGGCACUGAGCCCAUCCGAUCUUCUACAUGGUUACAAGAGUACGACGGUAUUUCCCCAACACUCUCUCAAACCGCUGAGAGCGGAAGAUACAGACAAAAUAAUCUUCUCCAGACGCUGGGCAUACCAACAAAAAAUCUUGAACUCCUAUUGGAAAAGAUUCCAGCAAGAAUACCUGCAGUAUCUCCGAACGGCCCACAACCGUUUUCCAAUCGAGUCACGACCCCUGAAAAUAGGAGAUAUCUGCCUCGUGGAGGAUACAAUCAACAAUCGAGCAAUGUGGCCGCUCUGUCGAGUCAUAGCUUUCCCGGAAAACACCACACCGGAGAACGCAUGUUCCUGCACCAUGAAGACCGCUAAAGGACAAACUUUCGUCAGACCCAUCAAGAAAUUAUACCCUAUUGUAUCCCAACCCUGGAGCUAG